AUGGAAGGCGCAUACAGCUUUGCCGAAGGAGGCCCAAUCCCUCAUGGCGAUCCCUACUCGCACUCAUACACUGCUGACGUCUCCGAACCAUCCCACCGCCGUGAGGACCCGAUAACCCACGCGCAUCCGAUCAAGGAGUCUCUUUCGCAGCAACCCGCAACCAACGAUCUCGUCCAGAAGUUCAAGCCUCGUCUUGAAGAUGGAUCAGAGAUCAAAUUGGAGUUCAUGCCCUCGCUUGCUCGUAGGGCAGACCAAGACUUGCUCGACUACCUGCAGAAGCGCAAGAUCUCGUUUCACUUUUUGAACGACAUUGACGACUUCCUCAAGAGACAUCCAGGUCUCUUGAAGGCUUGUCCGAGUUGGUGUCACCAACUCAACACUCUUCCUCCUCUCCAAGCACAUCUGUUCUUCGUCAAGGGUUACUUGCGUCCUGCCAGAUAUGUCGAUGGCGUGAGUGUUCAUAGCUUCUGGGUGUACACGUUGCUCACUCAUCUCGGCAGNGCUCUUCCGGCUCCAGAGGAUGAGCAGAUCCCUGCUCAUCCCAUCUCUCUAGAGCACCAUUCCCACGAUCCUGAGCUUUACGAGCACAUCACUGACAUUGGCCAAUGCCUGGAACUCCUAGGUGGAUUGGACGAGAUGGUCUGGAAAUUGACUCAAGCUUACCACUCUGGUCUACCUCUCGAUAACAGCCAGGUCCUCUUACUCACCAUGGCCACCUACGCACAGCCCGUCGAUGUGCUCAAGUAUUGGGAGUAUUGCUAUUUGCCAAGCUUGCAGUCCAACAGGUAUACGCAGUCCUGGUUCAUCAUGGAGCAAGGAUCGAGCUAA